UGGAGAAACUGAGGAACAGAGGUUAAAUGAUUUGCCCAAUGUCAGUGAAGCCUUUAAAGAGCAGUUGGUGCCGCAUAGAAAAAUGUGGCCCUAUGAGAGAAAGGGAAAGCUAAGGAUGCUGGAGCAGAACAAUGGAUUUCUCUUUCUCUUUCAUGCAAGGGAUCAUGGGAAACACAAUUCAGCAACCACCUCAGCUCAUUGACUCAGCCAACAUCCGCCAGGAGGAUGCCUUUGAUGCCAGCAGUGACAUCGCUGAAGAUGGUGGUCAGACACCAUAUGAAACUGCCCUGCAGCAAGGCUUUCAGUACCCUACUCCAACGACAGAGGAUCUUCCACCGAUCACUAAUGGCUAUCCACCAACAAUCAAUAUGUAUGAACCUCAAGCCAAAUACCAGACAUACAGUCAGUAUCCCAAUGGUUCAGCCAAUGGCUUUGGUGCAGUUAGAAACUUUAGUCCCCCAGAGUAUUACCAAAUGGAAAACUCUAACGUGAGGCCGCAUGAAGUUCUGGAAAAACCUUCCCCGCCACAACCCCCACCGCCACCACCUCCUUCAGUACCACAAACGGUGAUUCCAAAGAAGACUGGUUCACCAGAAAUCAAAUUAAAAAUAACCAAAACUAUCCAGAAUGGCAGGGAAUUGUUCGAGUCCUCUCUGUGUGGGGACCUUUUGAAUGAAGUACAGGCAAGUGAGUAUGCUAAGAUGAAACAUGAAGGGAGAAAGGAGAAAAGGAAAAAAAGUAGCAAGCAUGACUCUUCCCGAUCAGAAGAACGCAAGUCAUACAAAAUUCCAAAACUAGAACCAGAGGAACAAAAUAGACCAAAUGAGAGACUUAGUGUGCUAUCAGAAAGACCAAGAGAAGAUAUACUGUUGGAGGAAACCCCGGUCCAGCAGUUCUCACCUUCUCUUCCAAUGCAAGUUACAACAGACGUCAAGUUUCAGGUUGGCGAUCUAGUCUGGUCCAAGGUGGGAACUUAUCCUUGGUGGCCUUGCAUGGUUUCAAGUGAUCCACAGCUUGAGGUUCAUACCAAAAUUAAUACAAGAGGUGCCCGUGAAUACCAUGUUCAGUUUUUUAGCAACCAGCCUGAGAGGGCAUGGGUGCAUGAGAAGCGGGUUCGAGAGUAUAAAGGACAUAAACAGUAUGAACAAUUAUUGGCAGAAGCUACUAAGCAAGCCAGCAAUCACUCUGAGAAACAGAAGAUUCGUAAGCCAAGGCCACAAAGAGAGCGUGCUCAGUGGGAUAUUGGUAUUGCCCAUGCCGAGAAAGCAUUGAAAAUGACUCGGGAAGAAAGGAUAGAACAGUAUACCUUCAUUUAUAUAGACAAGGAGCCAGAGGAGGCUUUGUCCAAAGCCAAAAAGACUGCUGCCCCUAAAUCAGAGGCUAAAAAGAACCGUCGGCCUAAGCCAGCAUUGAACGCUCAGCCAGAACAGACCAAUGUGGUAUCGGCAUCCCCCUCAUUAUCAAAUACUGAGGUGCGAAGGCAAAGUCAAAGGAGGCAGUCAAGUGUGGAAGAAGAGGAGCCACCGCCUGUGAAAAUAGCCUGGAAAACAGCUGCAGCCAGAAAAUCCUUACCAGCUUCAAUAACCAUGCAUAAAGGGAGUUUGGAUCUUCAGAAAUGUAACAUGUCUCCAGUUGUUAAAAUUGAACAAGUUUUUGCCCUACAGAAUGCUGCUGGGGAUGGAAAAUUCAUCGAUCAGUUUGUUUACUCUACCAAGGGAGUUGGUAACAAAACUGAAAUAAGUGUCAAGGGACAAGACAAGCUUAUUUCUACAUCAAACCAGAAAAAUGAGAGAGCCACUGCGCAAAAUGCAUCCUCACCUGAAACAACUUCUGGGUCAACAGGUUCUGUAGAAAAGAAGCAACAGAGAAGAUCGAUUCGAACCCGCUCAGAGUCUGAGAAAUCCACUGAAGUUGUGCCAAAGAAGAAGAUCAAAAAGGAGCAGGUAGAAAUGGUUCCACAGACAGCAGUGAAGACUGGAUUACAGAAAGGUGCCAGCGAGAUUUCAGAUUCUUGUAAACCUCUAAAGAAAAGGAGUCGUGCCUCAACUGAUGUAGAACUGACUAGUUCAGCAUACAGAGACACAUCUGACUCUGAUUCAAGAGGACUUAAUGAUCUGCAGGGUAGCUUUGGAAAACAUUCAGACAGUCCAUCAGCUACUGCAGAUGCUGAUGCUUCUGAUGUACAAUCAGUAGACUCUAGCUUAUCAAGAAGAGGCACAGGAACAAAUAAGAAGGAUACUGUUUGUCAGAUCUGUGAAAGCUCUGGUGAGUCUCUGGUGUCAUGCGAAGCAGAGUGCUGUAGAGUCUUCCAUAUGGAAUGCCUGGGACUGAAAUCAAUACCUGAUGGGAAGUUCAUCUGCAUGGAGUGUAAAAAUGGACAGCACACAUGCUUUUCCUGCAAGCUUCCUGGUAAAGAUGUGAAGCGCUGUUCAGUCAAUGCUUGUGGUAAAUUUUAUCAUGAAGCCUGUGUUCGUAAGUUUGCCACUGCAGUCUUCGAGUCACGAGGAUUCCGUUGCCCGCAGCAUUGCUGUACUGCCUGCUCAAUGGAUAAGGAUAUCCACAAAGCAAGUAAAGGACGCAUGGUGAGAUGUUUGAGAUGUCCAGUUGCCUAUCACUCAGGAGAUGGCUGUAUUGCUGCAGGAAGCUUGUUUGUGUCAUCUCACAUUCUCAUCUGUAGCAACCAUUCCAAAAGGAAUCACUCUUCAUCAGCUGUAAAUGUAGGCUUUUGUUUCGUUUGUGCAAGAGGGCUGGUAGUGCAGGAUCAUUCAGACCCCCUGUUCAGUUCAUAUGCCUAUAAGUCCCACUACCUACUGAAUGAAUCAAAUCGUGCUGAGUUGAUGAAAUUACCUAUGAUUCCUCCUCCUUCGUCAGCUUCCAAAAAGAAAUGUGAGAAAGGUGGGAAGUUAUUGUGCUGCGAGUCCUGUCCAGCGUCCUUCCACCCUGAAUGUCUCAACAUAGAGAUGCCAGAAGGAUGUUGGAAUUGCAAUGACUGUAAAGCUGGCAAGAAACUACGUUACAAGCAGAUCGUUUGGGUCAAGCUUGGAAAUUACAGGUGGUGGCCAGCUGAGAUCUGCAAUCCCAGGUCUGUGCCUCUCAACAUACAGGGCCUCAAACAUGAUAUCGGGGACUUCCCAGUAUUUUUCUUUGGUUCACAUGACUACUAUUGGGUACACCAGGGCAGAGUUUUCCCUUAUGUUGAAGGAGAUAAAAGCUUUGCUGAGGGGCAAACUAGUAUUAACAAGACCUUCAAGAAAGCACUUGAAGAAGCUGCAAAACGCUUCCAGGAACUGAAAGCACAAAGAGAAAGCAAAGAAGCACUAGAGAUUGAAAGGAAUUCAAGAAAACCCCCACCUUACAAACAUAUUAAAUCCAACAAAGUAAUAGGGAAAGUUCAGAUUCAAGUUGCUGAUUUGUCAGAAAUCCCUCGCUGUAAUUGCAAGCCAUCUGAUGAGAACCCCUGUGGCCUAGAGUCAGAGUGUCUGAACAGGAUGCUACAGUAUGAGUGUCAUCCCCAAGUGUGCCCAGCAGGAGAGCGCUGUCAAAACCAGUGCUUCACCAAAAGACUCUAUCCAGAUGCUGAAAUCAUAAAAACCGAUCGACGUGGCUGGGGUCUCAGGACAAAAAGGAACAUUAAAAAGGGUGAAUUUGUAAAUGAAUAUGUUGGUGAAUUAAUUGAUGAAGAAGAAUGCCGAUUGCGGAUCAAACGUGCCCAUGAGAACAGCAUAACCAAUUUUUAUAUGUUAACUGUUACAAAGGACCGGAUAAUAGAUGCUGGUCCAAAGGGGAAUUAUUCUCGUUUUAUGAACCACAGUUGUAAUCCGAACUGUGAAACACAGAAAUGGACAGUGAACGGGGAUGUUAGAGUUGGACUCUUUGCUCUCUCUGAUAUUCCUGCAGGGAUGGAGUUAACAUUUAAUUAUAAUUUGGACUGUCUGGGCAAUGGUAGGACUGAAUGCCAUUGUGGAGCAGAAAACUGCAGUGGCUUCCUAGGAGUACGUCCGAAGACGGCAUUUGCAACAGCGAAUGAAGAGAAGGCAAAGAAUGCCAAGCUAAAGCAGAAGAAACGGAAAAUAAAAACAGAGCAGAAGCAGAUGCAUGAGGACAACUGUUUCCAGUGUGGAGAUGGAGGAGAACUAGUCAUGUGUGACAAAAAGGACUGCCCCAAAGCAUACCACCUCCUAUGCCUUAACCUGACUCAACCACCAUUUGGAAAGUGGGAAUGUCCGUGGCACCAGUGUGACAUCUGUAGCAAUCCUGCAAUUUCAUUCUGUGAGUUUUGCCCUCGUUCAUUCUGUAAAGAUCAUGAGAAGGGAGCCCUAGUGGCAUCGGCAUUGGAUGGCCGUCUCUGCUGCUCCGAACAUAACCCCAAAUCUCCUGUGGCACCAGAGUAUUGGAGCAAGAUCAAAUGCAAAUUGCAACCCCAGAACCCUGGAGAAGAAGCAAAGGAAUAA